UUGGACUCUUAAAUUAAUAAAAAGAAUAAAAUAGAACAACGGUUUUUGCUGUACUGUACUACUGUGGUUGCUGUUCUGGCUCUGUAAUGAGGCUAUGCUUUUUGGUAAUUUUUGUAUCUAUAUCCUUUGGAAGCUAUGCUAUGAGAUAGGUGGUUCUUAUGCUUCUGCCGAUUCUUUUGGGGAUGAGCUUUGAAUAUUGGCUUCUGGCCUUCUGCCAUGGAUUCGGGUGUGUCUCUGCCCAUUGCAACUCUGCUUCUGCAGUAGAUCCAAAUUGUCCUUAUUCGUAAUUUACAUACACGGAAAGCAACGUUAUUCUUUUCUUUUCGCUAUUUUUUUUUUUUUCUGGUGAGAAGCCAAGGCCCAAGGAAGAAAAAAAAAAGGGGGGUUAGCUAAGUCGUCUUCUCUAGCAGAGCGCACCAGCUAUGGAUUCAAAGACGCCGCAACGGCGUCGUCCAAGCAGUGUCAUCCAAAAUGGCACCGUUAUCAGAGAGAAGAAGCCCAAACGUAGCGAGGUCCUCGCAAAGAAGAAAGCCGUUGAGCAAUCCAUCAAAUCAGCACGUGCCGAAAAGGAUCACCUUGCUUCCUUCCCUGAGUUCCGCCACUUCGUCAAUAACGGUCUAUCUAUGUGUUUGAAGUCAGGACGCGGUGAUACACUAUCCUCUCCUGUUAAGCACUAUGUUCAGAGCCUCCUUAAGCUAAAUAUGGAAGGACCCUAUGGAUCUGAGUGGUUGGAUGAAGAAAAGGUGAAGCGCAGAGAAAUGGUUGCUCCAGAAGCACACUAUAUAUUUGUGCAUGAGGAUGCCAAUUCAGUUGGUGAUGAGACAAGAAUGAUGUUGAAUGCAGAAGAGGCUUCAACUAGUUGUGUAGAAGAUAGUGGCCCCUUAGUUGGAUUUGUACAUUACCGUUUUGUUCUGGAAGAAGAUGUACCGGUCCUUUAUGUGUAUGAGUUGCAGAUUGAGCCUCGUGUCCAAGGAAAAGGGUUAGGGAAGUUUCUAAUGCAACUAAUUGAGCUUAUUGCCCAAAAGAACUGCAUGGGUGCUGUCAUGCUAACUGUUCAAAAAGCAAAUUUACUAGCUCUGAAUUUCUAUCUAAGUAAGCUGAGAUACAUCAUAUCAACCAUUUCGCCUUCAAAGAUGGGGAUUGAGAAGAGUUACGAAAUUCUUUGCAAAACAUUUAAUGACGAAGCUAAAACUAUUUUGGAGGUACAGCUCCUAUCCGCACGCACCAUUAGAUUGAUUUUAUCAGAUAGUCUAUCACUGAUUUCACAAAACACACUAAUUGACAGCCAUCUGGAUCACUCAGGUUUAAGGCAAUAUAUUAAUUUUUCCUUUUCAGACGAUGGAAAACAGAGGCUUUUGAUAUAUGGUCCAUUAACAUAUACUGAUCAGUUCUUGAGAAUGCAUUACCACACAAGAAUGGAGUUUCUGCCUGAUUCUGCUGUUGAGUUUUGUUAAGGGACAUGCUGAUCUUCCAAUUUUGGGGGAAAUCAAAGAUAAUGUAGUGAACUUUUAGCCAACGGAAGUUCCUUUUAGUAAUAUAUCAUGCAUGUUUUUCUCCUUCUUCCCCUCUCUAUACAGAUUUUUUCAGCAGUGUAGUGUACAUGUUGGACCAACCCCAGUCUAAUAGGAAAAGAUAGUGGUUGAUGAUGGUGUAUUCUUGGGGAAAGACAGCUCAACAUAGCUUCAAUUUUUUAUUUGGUUCUCCAAUAAAUAAUUCAUUGGAAAGUUUUUAAGUA